AUGCUCAGGCUGGGUUACGUCAAGCCUGGUUCCUGGGCCAGCUUCUGGGCCAUCCUGACUUUGGUGGGCCUGGUCGCGCGUGCAGCCCAGAAAGCCGAUGUCGGUGGGGAGUCAAUGGGCACCUCCAUCAACCACUCCCAGACGCUGCUCCAACGCCUGCAGGAGCUGCUGCGGCAGGGCAAUGCCAGCGACGUGGUGCUGCGGGUGCAGGCUGCGGGCACUGACGAGGUCCGAGUCUUCCACGCCCACCGCCUGCUGCUGGGACUGCACAGCGAGCUGUUCCGGGAGCUGCUGAGUAACCAGAGCGAGGUGGUGCUGCAGGAGCCCCGGGACUGCACGGCUGUCUUUGACAAGUUCAUCAGGUACCUCUACUGCGGCGAGCUGACCGUGCUGCUGGCGCAGGCCAUCCCCUUGCACAGGCUGGCCACCAAGUACGGCGUGGCCUCCCUGCAGCGGGGCGUGGCCGACUACAUGCGCGCGCACCUGGCGGGCGGCGCGGGCCCGGCGGUGGGCUGGUACCACUACGCGGUGAGCACCGGGGACGAGGCCCUGCGCCAGAGCUGCCUGCAGUUCCUGGCCUGGAACCUGUCGGCCGUGGCGGGCAGCGCCGAGUGGGGCGCCGUGAGCCCCGAGCUGCUGGCGCAGCUGCUGCCGCGCUCGGACCUGGUGCUGCAGGACGAGCUGGAGCUGUUCCAGGCGCUGGAGGCGUGGCUGGGCCGCGCGCGGCCGCCCGCGGCCGUGGCCGAGCGGGCGCUGCGCGCCAUCCGCUACCCCAUGAUCCCGCCGGCGCAGCUGUUCCAGCUGCAAGCGCGCUCGGCCGCCCUGGCGCGCCACGGCCCGGCGGUGGCCGACCUCCUGCUGCAGGCCUACCAGUUCCACGCCGCCUCGCCGCUGCACUACGCCAAGUUCUUCGACGUCAACGGCAGCGCCUUCCUGCCCCGCAACUACCUCGCGCCCGCCUGGGGCGCCCCGUGGGUCAUCAACAACCCGGCCCGCGACGAUCGCAGCACCAGCUUCCAGACGCAGCUGGGCCCCAGCGGCCACGACUCGGGCCGUCGGGUCACGUGGAACGUGCUCUUCUCGCCGCGCUGGCUGCCCGUCAGCCUGCGGCCCGUCUACGCAGACGCCGCGGCCACCGCGCUGCCCCUCGCGCGCCCCGAGGACGGCCGGCCGCGGCUCGUGGUGACUCCGGCCAGCAGCGGCGGCGACGCGGCGGGCGUGAGCUUCCAGAAGACUGUGCUGGUGGGCGCGCGCCAGCACGGCAGCCUGCUGGUGCGCCACGCCUACAGCUUCCACCAGAGCAGCGAGGAGGCGGGCGACUUCCUGGCGCACGCCGACCUGCAGCGGCGCAACUCCGAGUACCUGGUGGAGAACGCCCUGCACCUCCACCUCAUCGUCAAGCCCGUCUACCACACCCUCAUCCGGACCCCCAAGUAGCCGAGCGGGGCCCGGGGCGGGGCGUCUGGAUCGGGAAAUAAAGGCCCCGCAGACAUGGCCCAGAGGGACUGGGAGUGGCAUGGCCAGUGGGGCGCCUACCCCGGGUGGCCAGGCGCUGGCGGUCUUGGAGCUGGGUGGAAGCCAGGCGAGGGGUGGUAGACCAGAUGCCUGGUUUCAGGAGCUGAUGUCACUCUGACUUGAAGGUAACCUCUUGGUAGAAUAAAGCAGUGCUCAGAGAGGCGAGGGGAUGAUGAAACCACCCAGUUCCUGGGAAAAACAGUCCCAGGAGGGCUCCACAGGUCAGGGGCUCCCCAUCUUUCAUUAGCUUUUCCCCGAGGGCCCCCACCCCCACAGGGAACGGGGCAGGUAAAAGCAUCCAAAUGGUCAGGGCACUAGGUACCCCCUUGGGAGCUUCUCACCUUGAAGCUGAGGGGCCCAGCUGAGCAAUU